AUGUCAUCUGAACUUACUCCUCUUGUUCAUAAUGAUGAAAACGAAACGACAAAGCUGAAACGAUUACCACGAAGUGCUAAAAAACGUUUACGCUAUGAACGUAUUCGACAACAACGUAAACAAGCUCAUAAAAAGAAAAAAAAACAUAGAUCUUCUAAUCAUCUUUCAUCUAUAUUAUUACCAUCCACGUCUACUGACACUUUAAGCAAUCAAGACAUAUCAGUUACUGCAAAAACAUUUAAACGUGCUGCGAAUGAACGUUUAGCAGAAAUUAACCGAGAAUCAACAGCACCUGUUAUUUGUAUUGAUUGUGCUUAUAAUGAAUCAAUGUCGAUUAAAGAAUUAGCUAGUCUGGCUCGUCAAAUUGGACGAUGCUAUAGUUCGAAUCGUCGAGCGAUAAAACCUGUUCAACUUAUACUAACAAAUUGGUCAAAAGAUAGUCCACUAGCAAAAGAAUGUCAUCGAGUUAACAAUGGUUUUGAUAAUUUUCAAAUAAUUCUCAGUGAUAAAUCAAUUCAUGAAUCUUAUCCAAUAGAACGUUUGAUUUAUUUAAGUCCUAAUGCUGAAAAACAAUUGACGGAAGUCAAUGAACAAAAUGUACAUGUAAUUGGUGGUCUCGUUGAUGAAAGUGUUAGAAAAAAUAUGACAUAUGGAGUAUGUCAAGAUAAAGAUAUAGUUUGUUACAAAUUACCUAUUGAAACUUUUAUGGAGCAUUCAAUCAACGGUGGUACAUUCAAUCAAAUUCUUUCGAUUAAUCAAGAUGAAAUGAUUCGACGUAUAAUAUCAAAUAAUGCAUGUUUUUCUUUUCAACAAACAUUAAAUCUCUUAUCAUCAUUUAAAAAACGAAUAAUUUUACAAACAUAUUACCAUAGUGAUUCAAUUGAUGGAGGUUUUCCUGAAGAAACAAUAUUUGAUGAACAACGUCUUUCUUCACAAGAAGCAUCAGGAAUAUUACGAGCACAUGAAGCUAGUAUUGAUCUUGAAGCAAAUUGUCCAGUAAAAUAUUAUGAAGUUAAUUAUCUCGGUGCUAAUAAUCCACCGGAGGAUCGACAAGCUCAAGCUCGUAUUCAGUCACCUGAUUCAAAUAUGUAUUUAUUUGGUGUAUUUGAUGGACAUGGUGGUCCAUGGUGUUCAGAUGUUGUUGGUCAACGUCUAUUUGAAUAUAUUUCUGUAACAUUACAUCCACCAAAUGAUUUACAAAGAAUAAUGCAAGAAGGUAAACGAUUAAUAAGUAGUCAUCCAACUCAUGUUCAUAGUCAUGAUAAAACAUCAUUAAAUACAAUAGCAUCAUUACUUCUUCAUUCAUAUUAUAAUCCAUAUAAAGAUACAAGAAAUUCAAAAAUCAAAGAAAUUCAUCAAGUUAAUUUAUUAAAACAUAUCGAAGAUCUUUAUACAACAAUUGAUCAUGAUAAUAUGGAUAUUGCUACUGCAUUAGAAAGUGCAUUUAUUAAAUUAGAUCGAGAUAUAUGUGCCGAAGCAAUACCUAUGGAUACACAACAUGUUGAUGAAGAUUUAUUACAAAUUUGUACAGCUGGUUCAUGUGCAUGUGUUGCUUUAGUUAAAGAUGAUGAUCUUUAUAUUGCUAAUUGUGGUGAUGCACGAGCUAUUCUUGGCAGUAUUGAUGAUGAAGGCAAUCAAACAGUUAUUCAUCUUUCUCAAGAUCAUAAUAUACGUAAUCAAGGUGAAGUCAAACGAGUUUUAAGUGAACAUCCAAUGAAUGAAUCAAAUUCAUUAAUACGUAGUGAUCGUUUACUUGGUUUAUUAAUGCCAUUUCGUGCAUUUGGUGAUAUACGUUUUAAAUGGCCAGCUACUUAUCUUCGUGAAUAUUUACAACCAUAUUAUAAAAAAGGUGAUGCUAUACCACAAUAUUAUUUAACACCACCAUAUUUAACUGUUCGACCAGAAAUUUCAAAACAUAAAUUAACAAAAAAAGAUAAAUUUCUUGUCUUAGCUACAGAUGGUGUUUGGGAUUUAUUAUCAUCGGAAAGAGUUGUACAACUUAUAUUUAAUCAUCAAAAAGGUAUACAAAGUUUUGAUCGAUUUGUAUUACAUAAAAGUGGUACAACAGCAACACUUAAAUUAAAAGAAAUUAAUGAAUUAUUACUUGCACGACAACAAGCUAUUAUAAAUCAGCCAAUUGAUCAAAAUUCAGCAACACAUUUAAUACGUUAUGCACUUGCAUAUACAUCAAAAGGACAAUUUGAUAGUAAACUUUUAUCUGAUGUAUUAACAUUUCCUAAUCCACGUUCAAUACGAGAUGAUAUAACAAUAACUGUUGUUUAUUUUGAUCAAGAUUAUAUUGAUCAUAUACAAACAAAAGAAAAGACAAAAUAA